AUGCUGAUCUGCAUCGUCGAGAUCGCUGUUGCGUUGCUCCUUCUCCCGAUUAUAUCAGCACGGUCGCCGGUCAGCAAUCGUUCCCUCCCCAGGAAAGUAGCCAACUGGGUCGUUGGGCAGACCGUCAACACCACCAGUGGGCCGGUGACUGGGCAUCCCGCCUCGAACACCACGGAGGUGUCUGAAUACCUAGGCAUUCCAUACGCUAAGCCACCGGUCGGUGACUUGCGAUGGCAGCGGCCUGUAGCAUACACCGGCAAAGCGCCAAUUAAUGGCACAGCAUUUUGGACUGAGGGGUUCGCUUGCAUGCAAGCCCACCCGUCUCUCGAGGCUGAACAUGCUCUGGGCGUAUACUACAAUCUCACUCGAGGUGGAUACUAUGUAGGGCCAGACAUCCUCCUGCCCAACGCACCACAAAAUGAGGACUGCUUGACGUUGAAUAUAUGGACCCAGCCUCAAAAUGGCGAGGCAUCCAAAGCCGUGCUAAUAUGGAUCCAUGGAGGUUCCUACGCGGCCGGUAGCUCGUCUGAAAUCUGGUUCAACGGGCAGUCCAUGGCAGGGGAGCAAGAUGUUGUUCUGGUCUCGAUCAACUACCGCCUCAACAUAUUUGGUUUUCCGGGCAACCCGACGUCCGAGCUCAACCUCGGGAUUCUGGACCAGCGAAUGGCAAUUGAGUGGGUACGCGAUAACAUCGCCAACUUCGGCGGGGACCCCAACCGUAUAGUGAUGUUCGGACAGUCCGCUGGUGCGGCGGCGGCGGACUUACAUUCCUACGCGUACGCGCACGACCCUAUAGCGUCCGGCUACAUACUCCAGAGUGGCACGGCGUGGGGAUUCGGCCUCCAGACUCAACCUGCCGCCUCUGACCUGUGGUACGAUGCGGCCAGAGCCGUGGGUUGUGACCGCGGUCCUGAUGAUCCCGACGAGACAUUCUCCUGCAUGUUGAGAGUGCCAUCGGGGAAGCUCAUCACCCGCUUGCCCCCUGUUCCAUAUGGAUACACGCCUGGGCUACCGUACGGGCCCGUUGUAGACGGAAAACUUGUCUUCGGCAACUACCAAGAGCGGACUCCUGCUGCGAGAGCGGUGCUGGUUGGGAAUACGAACGACGAAUCUGGGAUGUCCAAACAGUUGACGCCGUGGUGGAGCGGUCUCCCGAGCUGGUAUUGGCAGGUGCAGAAUAUCUACGUGUAUACUUGCCCAGCCGGGCAGAGGGCAGCGGUGAACGUGGCGAAGGGGAAUCCAACUUGGCGGUACCGGUGGUUCGGGGCUUUCCCGAAUGUGCUGCUACCGUGGACUCCUUACAAUGGCUCGUGGCACGGGUCUGAGCUGCCCUUGCUAUUCAACACGGCACCCGAGUACUACUACCCCAAUACCGCCCGAGAGAACCAGAUGGGUGCGUAUAUUCGCGGCGCUUGGGCGGCCUUUGCCAAAGACCCCAUUCGCGGACUCAACAGUUACGACAGUUGGUCGAACUACAGACCAGAUGGUACAACGCUCGUUCGGCUCGCGUACGGCAAACCGCAGGGCAAUGGCACCUGGCCCGAAUUUACCAUUGGGCCAAGCCAGGCGUACGAUCAAGAUUGCUAG